GCUGCGGAGAGGCGGCUUGGGACCCCGCGGCGCCCUCGGCCUCGGAGCGGCGGACUCGAGCUUCUGACGAGCUCAUCGACGCAGGAUGGGAAACCACGCGGGAAAGCGGGAGUUGAGCGCGGAGAAGGGCAACAAGGACGGAGAGAGCAGCGCAGGAGAGUCUGACAAGAAGGACAUGCGCCAGCUCUCCCGGGAGGCCUCGGAAGACAACGAGGUGUUCGGGGAGGCAGAUGUGGAGCAGAACAAUGGGACCCCCUCUCAGGACACAGCGGUGACAGACUCCAAGCGCACAGCGGACCCAAAGAAUGCCUGGCAGGACGCCAACCCAGCUGACCCCGGGGGCCGCCCCCACUUGAUCCGCCUCUUUUCCCGAGAUGCUCCGGGCAGAGAGGACAACACCUUCAAAGACAGGCCCUCGGAGUCAGACGAGCUCCAGACCAUCCAAGAGGACAGUGCAGCCACUCCCGAGGGCCUGGAUGUGAUGGCGUCACAGAAAAGACCCUCCCAGAGGCACGGAUCCAAGUACCUGGCGUCAGCGAGUGCCAUGGACCACGCCAGGCAUGCCUUCCUCCCGAGGCACAGGGACACGGGCAUCCUCGACUCCCUCGGGCGCUUCUUUGGCGGUGACAGGGGUGUGCCCAAGCGGGGCUCAGGCAAGGUGCCCUGGUUCAAGCAGAGACGGAGCCCUGUGCCCUCUCAUGCCCACAGCCAGCCUGGGCUGUGCACCAUGUACCAGGAUGGACAUCACGCGGCGAGAACUGCCCACUACGGCUCCCUGCCCCAGAAGCCGCAGCACGGCCGGCCCCAAGAUGAGAACCCUGUAGUGCACUUCUUCAAGAACAUUGUGACACCACGCACACCUCCUCCGUCACAAGGAAAGGGGCGAGGACUGUCUCUCAGCAGAUUUAGCUGGGGAGGCGAGGGGCAGAAGCCAGGAUUUGGCUACGGACGCCGAGCUCCAGCUCACAAGGGGCUCAAGGGGGCCCAUGACGCCCAGGGCACGCUCUCCAAAAUCUUCAAGCUGGGAGGAAGAGACAGUCGUUCCGGAUCCCCCAUGGCGAGACGCUGAAGCCCUCCCCUGGGGUCCCCGAAUCCUGUCCUCAGCUUCUUAAUACAACUACCUUACGAAUUUAAUACCGUCCACAUCCGCUCCCCACGUGUAGCAAACACCCUGCCUAAUGCCCGUUGAGCUGCGCACACGGUGGGCCAGGCACUCCGCGCCCUGCGGUUCUGGCCAUCAGCCGAGCGGAGGAGACGCAGACAGACGGUCAGCGGUGACUUUGUGUCCGAAGAGAGCGCGUGCCCGGAGCCCCCUCCGCCCAGCGUGGCCUGGACGCUGGCGGCGCCGGGGCACGGACGCACCUCCGAGCUCACCCUCCUCCCUCGGACUGGCUUUGCUGACUCAGCUUCCCCAGGCUUCGCAGGUGCUGCCGUGCGACGCCACUGUGGACACAGGGAUGCGUGCGGGGCGGUGAGGACUGCUGAUCCGAGCUUCCUUUGUUUCCUUUGGUUUCUCUCCCCGCCCCCGGCUCACCUCCUAACACACACUCACUCUCCCUCCAGGAUGAGCAGUCAGGAGCGGCACAGGGGCUUUCAGUACGUGCAGUGCGGGCGGGUAGCUGGGAGAGUCCCAUGUGGUGGGCGCGGAGGGCGCCCGUAGGCGGCGGCUCCCCACCACACCCGGUUGGCGGGUCUCAGGCGCGGUUGCGAGGGGACAAGGAGGCAGAGCUGGGCUGGGCCACGGCCCCAACGGGAAACAGGAUCUUCUUGGAAAUUAGGUGAUGGCACGGCGGGAGCCAGAGCGGCUUCUACGAACAGCCUGUUUCCCCCCGAGCCCAGCAGGAGAGUCCAGGGAGACGCUUGUCUCAGAGUGGGACUGGAGAAGUUUUCCGGGUGGCCUUGUGGCGUCACCCUGGUCACUGUGGGAGGUGACCGGCGGUGCUCCUCACGGCAGUGCGCACGGCAGAUACUAACCCUCGGUGGACAGAUAACCUCCGUCAGCUGGCAUCCCGACACGGACGCGCGUGGCCACGGGCUUCGGAGGGCCCGCGUCCCAAGUGGCGGGGCCGGACGUCGUGGGGCCCGGGCCUGGCUGGCCCUGCGAGCAGAGACGGGGGCUCCUCUAAAUUGUGUCUUUUCUAACUCGAGCUCACCUUUCCUGUGCUCCCCUCAUAACACACUGACCCACCGUUUGAUUUUAGCUACGUCUUAGAGGCCUUCCAAGGAGCCACACCGGCGUCAUCCUCCCUUAGAACGAAGAUGAGGAGUAGUCAGCACACCAACGUAACCCCGUCCUAAUUCCGAUGCCCGGUGUGGGCGUAAUGUAAUGUCUAUUAACCCAUAGCCUCAGUGAUGAGAGGGUUACGGGGGAACAAGGAACAAAAUUUCAGAAAUGAAACCUCCACAUUUCAUGACACACACACACACACGCUCUACGUCUUCGAGCUGACUGUCGGCCGAGGGAUCUUUGUGUGCGGCCACCCCAG